AUGGAUGAGUAUGGCUUACGGGGUCACUCAUGGUUUGAAGAAAUGUAUACAAUAAGAGAAUCUUGGAUUCCGGCCAAUUUCAAGGACUAUCAUAUGUCUGGGUUGAUGAAAACGACUUCCAGGUCUGAGACUAUUAACGCAUUUCUUAAUGUUUAUACGAAGUAUUGGAAUGAUCUUGUUUAUUUGCUUAACACUUUCGAUGAUGCAAUUGAAAGUCAAAGAAAAGUACACUAUUCCCUUGAGGUUGCUAUUAGAACUACGAUACCUAGAUUGUUAUCACCAUCUAAAAUUGAAGCGCAAGCGGCGAAUGUGUACACGAAAAUGAUUUUUUAUGUACAAAAAGAAAUGAACAAGGCAGUAUGGUUAUGUGGGGUUGUCGACGUCCUAGAGGUUGGGAAGAGUCUUUCGAUUGUAAUUGCAACCAUUUUGUUUGCAAUGGUAUAUUAUGUCGCCACGCGUUUAAGGUAUGGUGAAAUGGAUAUUGAGAAGCAAGUUAUGAUCAACCAGGCUGUAUUAAUGUUUGAUCUUAUUAUUGGGCAUGUACGCAAUGAUAAGAAUUCGUUGGCAAAGUUUGUGGACCAAAUGGAGCAGUGGGGUGAUGAAAUUUCAAUCGAUGUUCCUAUAUUGACAAGUACUGAACAGAAGAGAAAUGAUAUUCAGGAGCUCUUGUGUGUUUUUGAACCUGAAUCAGUUGAUAUCUUACCCCCAACUAGGAUACGUAAUAAAGGUUGUGGAACCGGGAAGCGUAUUGUUGGUAUGUCGGAGAGGGCAUCCGUUAAUGCAAAUAAAACCAAAAGAUUGUGUAGAACUUGUGAGAAAAUGGCUUGGCAUGAUUCUCGCAAUUGUUCGUCAAAAAGCGACGUUAAUAUCUUACCCCCAACCAGGAUACGUAAUAAAGGUUGUGGAACCGGGAAGCGUCAUGUUGGUAUGUCGGAGAGGGCAUCCGUUAAUGCAAAGAAAACCAAAAGCAGAACUUGUGAGAAAAUGGCUUGCCAUGAUUCUCGCAAUUGUCUGUCAAAAAGCGACGGUACGAAAUAA